UGUAAUUCACAUCUCUGAACGGUGAACAUCACGACCGCAAUUGUCCUUCUGAUGCUGGAUUUAGUUUAUAUCUUUUAGAUAGUAUUUUUUUUCCCCAGCACGUCUGUCGAUCACCAGCAGACACAACAGAGACAGAGCGGUGACUCAUGGGUAAUACUGGAGUGUAACGUAACUGUUAGCGCGUGAACGUGCUCGAUGUGUCUGUGAUACUGCGGGUUGAAAGUUGGGUCCACCAGCGAAUGUACAGAGGGGAAUAUGGUGUUCUUAUAUGAUCCGUGGUUCACAGCUUUUUCCUCUUCCUGGUAAGAUUAGCGGAAGCCAGCAGCACUGUGUUUUCUCUCUCUUCAUCUACAGCAGCCUGUCAGAGAUCCGCUUCCCGGUGUUUCAUUAACGGGCACACAUCUGAAUAUCUUCUCAGCGGCUUUGGACUAUCACAGAGCAGUGAGAUACUGAUUUCUGAAGAUGACGGGUAAAUCAGUCAAAGACAUUGACCGCUAUCAGGCUGUUCUCACAUCUCUUCUAGCAUCAGAGGAAAACAAGUUUUGCGCUGAUUGUCACGCGAAAGGUCCCAGAUGGGCAUCCUGGAAUCUUGGAAUCUUCAUUUGUAUCCGCUGUGCGGGAAUCCAUCGGAAUCUUGGCGUGCACAUAUCACGAGUUAAAUCGGUAAACCUGGACCAGUGGACUCAUGAGCAGAUACAGUCUGUUCAGGAGAUGGGGAACACCAAAGCUCGGCGACUAUACGAGGCCUUUUUACCAGAGUGCUUCCAGCGCCCAGAGACAGACCAAGCUGCUGAGAUUUUUAUCCGUGACAAAUAUGAUAAGAAGAAAUAUAUGGAUAAAUGCAUUGAUAUCCAGUCCUUUAGGAAAGAAAAGAGUGAGACUGUAACGAAAGGGGCUCCUGUUGUUUUUGAAAAGAUGAAGCUGAAAAAAGACGAGCCACAGCAAUUCAAAAACACUCCAAAGAAGCAGUCACAGUCUGUUAAUGACUUGCUAGGGCUAGAUGCCCUAGCUCCUCAAGCUCCGGUGUCCAAUGGCAAACAGAGUACUGAAAUUAGCCCCGCCCUUGACCUCUUCACCUCUCUGCCUGCUGCCGCCAGCAGCUCAAACUCCGCCAGGAGCACGUCUAACUCAGGGUCCAUGCCCACUGGACGGGUAGCAGCGUCAGUGCCCGAAAACCUCAGCCUGUUCCUGGAUCCCCCCACCAAAAGCGAGGACAGUGGAAAGAAGAUGUCAAAGGACUCAAUCUUGUCCCUGUACAGCAGUACAGCGCCACAAACAAACAUGGCCACUCAUGCUGGCAUGUACAUUGGAGCAACCCAGAUGGGCUAUGUCCCUGCUGCAGGCUAUGGCCAAUACCAGGCCCUGGCUGCCCAGCAGGGCAUGAUGGGGCCUAUGAUGGCUCCACAGAUGAAUAUAGUGGGACAGGCAGGUGUCAUGCCGCCGACCGGAGUGCCAGCUGCUCCUCCAUACAUGGCAGGCGUGCAAGGGGGCAUAAUAGGAAUGCAGAAUGGGAUGAUGGGAAGCAUGGCAGCAGUUCCUCAGCAGGCAUAUGGAGCCCAACAGAUGCAGUGGAACAUAAGCCAGAUGACUCAACACAUGGCAGGAGUGAAUUUCUACAGUGCCAAUAACGUGAUGGGAUACGGUCAGUCCAUGGGUGGGGCGGCUGCUCCCGGUUCAAAUCAAAUGCUUGGGUCACACGUGUGGAAGUGAUGACGCCAUAAAGUGAGAGAGCGGGAGAGUGUUUCUGAAUUGGGUGGGCUGGGUUGGCGCCACUACUGAAAGACAGAAGAAGGGGAACAGAUUGUAGGAGCACGAAUGAUACGAUGAUCGCAAUCGAAGCAAAGUCUCUACCUCCCUCAUUCUCAGAGCCAGAUUUUCAUGCUUGCCUUCAAUCACAUAAUCAGAGAGAGAAUGGAGGUUUCCUUCGCAAGGUUUGGUGCGUACGCUCCUCUCAGAAUGUUACACGAUCCACAGCUUUGAUGUUCCUAAAUGAUGUGUUUGUGAUGCAUCCGCUUGAGGAUUUGAUUUUCUAUUCUCUCUUUUAUUGGCCACCGUGAUUUUGCCAAGUAAGACAUGUUCCUGGAUCAUAUUUUCUUGAUCCUGGAACAACAUUCCUGUCUGAAAAUGUAUGGUGUAUUCUCUUGGUUCCUUUGGUCCAGACUAAAAAAAAUCCUGGUUCGCUUAGUUCACUGGUCAUUUUUAACACAGAACCCUUAAGAUACAAAACACCAAAAAAUGGCUUUUAUGACGUAUAUUUUGCGAUAGGAAUUUGUCGAACUUCCAAAACAAUGCUGUGUGCUAGGCUCUCGCUGUAUGUGUUAACAUAUGAUGGUAUAUGAUGAAGCUGACAACUCGUGAAGAGCUUAUAAAAUGUGUAAAGGAGUCAAAACAGUGGCAGGAAUCCCUCCCUGACACACACGACAAACUGUGAUGGGCAAGAAAAUACAGGUAUGCUUGAGAAUUCUGUUCUUUUUAGGGUCGCAUCUUGUUUUUGGUUUGUUUUACAUGUCUUUGGUCCGCGUUCAUAUUUCAGUUGAUCUGCACCAGAGUUUGUUUGGAAGCUGAAAACAUGGGUCUCGGUCCGCUUCUUUGGUCCACACCAGGGUUUGGAUUCUCGCCUUCACACUUAUUCAAAUGAACCGAACUAACAGAGCAAUCCCACCAGGGUUUGAUUUAAUCGAACCAAACAUGCCAACUGUGAACAAAUCCUAAUCCUAGGCUAUUUCUAACACGAAUCUUAACCCUACCCUUAACUAAUUCCUAAAAUCAGAGGGAAAUGAUUGGUGAAUAACACUGAUGUAGAAGCAUCUAACCCUGGUUGCAAGAUUAAACUUGACAUAAACUGUAAACUUGUCCCUCAAAUCUGAUUGGUUGAUUGGAAUGUUACUCCAGCAGGAUCAACAAAAAAGAUGUACAUGUACUUGGCGAAAUCACGUUCACCAUAUUUGACCAGUGUUGAGUUGCAGUCAUAUUUAACAUUGUUCAGAUUUGCAGGCAAAAUCCAGUCAAUUCAAUAGGAAUUCAAUUGAUCUGGGACUUUGUGAGGGCCAAAGUUUUCCCCAUGCAUAUUUCACAACAGAUCCCUGUUGUAUGUGUGAAUACGCCACGUUUGCCAACACAGAAACCUGCAUUGGACCAUUUUUGCUCGAUUUAGUUAAUGUGACCACUUGUUUAGUAACAAUUUAAGUUUAGAAGCCAGUUAGUUGACAUUUGUGUUAGCUAGUCUUAAACUUUACUACUGAGGAAAAUUAUGUCUCCGCUAUCAGGUUCUGCAAACCUGCGAAUGAUACUCUUGUAUUGUCGUCUUUCUAACGCACAGGGUACAACUAAGCCACUUUGACUUUGCUUUUUGUCUUGCUCGCUCUCAACUCAGGAGAAAAUAAUGGCUUGGGAGGAUGAAAGGGUUCUCACAUCCAACUCAUAGCAGGACAUUUACAUUCAGCCAAAGAUUUAUUAAUGCUCAGUUGUCUGCACAGAUAUUAGGAAUGACAAGUUCUAGAUGGAUCCAUGCUGGUGUGCAUCGUUUCAGAGCAUUGCGGUUUGACCUCAAGUGUUUAAUGGCGCCAUUGAUUGUAUUGUACACUGGUUUUUUUUCCCCCUCAUUACUGAGUGCAGGGUCACCGCUGGCUGAGAGAAUGAAAUUUUGGGACACUCAGGCUGCAGUUUGGACCGAGACCAAAUGAAUGUUUCACUCUGACUGCUGCCCGAAGAGCAGAAUUUGCCAUGGCCACUGUGUGAAGUUCAAUCAAAGCAGUCAGCUUGGGGUUUCAUUGACUGCUCGCUGUUUGUUUGAGCCUUACAUCUACUUUUAAAGUAAACAAAUGCGAUGAGGUUCACUCUUGAUAACUAGGACCCCUUUAAAACAAUGACUUCCUUGGUGAACAAACAACCUAAGAUGGUUUUGCUGGUCUGGUUUACUGGUUUAAUGCAGAUUUUAGGCACUCAGGUGGUCAGACUGGGAGACCAACUAGCCAAUGGCAAGAAUAGCAACAAGACCAUCUUAACCCUCAGGUGUUCUUCGGUCAUUUCUGACAGAAAAAUUUUCUGUUUUGAAUAUUUAAAAAUCACAGCUUUUUCAGAAAAUUACGAAAC